UACGGAAUGUAUCAGUCGAUCAACGUUCCUAGUUGUGUUUACUUAUCUGUGAAUAUUAAAUAAUAACAAAAAAAAACUCAAAAUGAAACUCAUCAUUGUUUUCGUUGCUGUGAUUGCAUUGGCUGUGGCUGCUCCAGCUGAUAGUGAUAUUACCGUUUUAAAACAAUCGGUCGACCAUGUCGAUCCAACUGGAUACAAAUUCGAAUAUGAACAAAGUGAUGGUGUUUCCCGAUCGGAAGAAGCUAUCGUAAAGAAUGUGGGCACUGAACAAGAAGCCCUCGAAGUCCGUGGCACAAUCACAUGGACCGCUCCAGAUGGUCAAGUUUUCACAUUAAACUUCGUAUCUGACGAAAAUGGUUACCGACCAGAAGGUGCUCAUCUCCCACACUUGUAAAUCUCUGGCCGAACAAUAAAUUACCAUUAAAAAAUUGCAUUAAA